AUAAGAUAAUUUUUCCUUUCCUUUUGAGAGUAUUAAUCCGAACAGAAAGCUAAUUUAUAAAUCUACCGAGGGAUUCAAAUCCUAAAAUUAAAAGAAUAAAGACUAAAUUUCAAAAGUCUAAAGACUACAAGGACCGAUAGAAAAUUAAACCAUUUUUAGAAACUAAAAUAGCAGCAGUGGGCGAGCGAUCGAUCGAUCUAAUAACACAAAAACAAAACAGAGAGGAGCUGAAAUACUAAUACCAAAUCAAGAAGGGGGGAAAGCUCAAAAUUUUGGGGAGGAAAUGCACUCAUUCUCAAUUACACACAAAUUAUUGUAAAUAAAGAAGAAGAAAAAAAUCGAGGCUGCCUGCCAUCAAUCCAUCCCCUAAACAACAACUCAGUGGCACUUGAUUUCUAUGCAAUUCUUCAAGCAAGUUGUCCAAGGUUUUAAUUGCUGCGGUGAUUUUAAUUUACGGUUCGCGGGGUUGAGACGACGCUCUCUUGUUUCUUUUGAGUUUCGUUGAUUCCAACUCUAGGGUUUUGAUUCGUUAUGGAAUUUCGGCUUUGUUUAGUGGGGUUUCUAUCAACUACUAAAGUGGAGUUUGAUCCUUAGGGUUUUGGUUCUGCAAAAAUGAGAUUUGGGUUUACAUUGUAUGGUUUCAACUUGGGUCAAUUUCGGCAUGUUUGGAAACUGAAAUAAUUCUAUCCACCUUGGAAACUCUUGGGUUCUUUUUUUUUUUGGUUUAUCUCGAGGAUUUUCAGGCUUACUGCUUUACUUUCUAUAUGCAUAGACUGAGAGUUUGGUUGGCAUUGUAAGCUAUGCAAAGUGGAUUUGGACUUGUUUGGUGUUGGAGAAAACUGUAAAUUGGGUUUGGAAACGGGUUUCAGUGGUUUUGUAGUUCUGUGAAUGGUGUAGGAAUCUGUUUAUCGAGCAAUGCAAUCCCAGCAGGGCUCCAGAAUUGACUUAGGUGAACUGAAAGCUCAGAUAGUGAAGAAGAUUGGGGCUGAGAGGUCAAAAAGGUACUUUUAUAAUUUGAGUAGGUUUUUAAGUCAGAAGGUCAGGAAAUGCGAGUUUGAUAAGUCGUGUUACCGCAUUAUUGGGAGGCAGAACCUGUCACUGCAUAAUCAGUUGAUACGUUCAAUCUUGAAAAAUGCAUGUCAGGCUAAGACUCCACCCCCAGGUCCCAUGAAAUCUUUGAUACAAACUGUGGAGAGGUCUCCUGGUAGAGAAGAUGCACAUGAAGUGACUGGAUCCCUUGUUCCCAACCAGAAUCAAAAUGCAGACAUUUGGUCAAAUGGGGUUUUUCCAGUGUCAUCCCCACGAAAGGCUAGGUCUGGAAUACGGGAUAGGAAGCCAAGGGAUAGACCCAGCCCACUCGGGCCAAAUGGGAAGGCUGAGAGUGUUUCACAUCAUUCAAUGGGGAUGGAAGAAAAUGUCAGUAAGUUGGGUAUCGAAAAUGGUGAUUUGACUCCUUAUGAUUAUAAGAGACCAGUGCAGCAUCUUCAAGCAGUUGCUGAGCUGCCUGAAAUUGUAAGAGGUCUGGUGCACUCUGCAGAAAAACCAAGGGUGCCUGGUAAAGAUCAGGCUGUAGGAGCCAUUGUUGAAGAUGAGCAAGAGGUGGAGCAAGCUAACCAAAUUAAUCUUUCUAAAAGUCCUCUGCUCGCACCACUUGGGAUUCCAUUUUGCUCAGCUAGUGUUGGUGGGGCCCGCAAGGCUCUGGCAGUGGCAGGCAGUAGUGACUUCAUUAGCUACUAUGACAGUGGUGGCUUAUACGAUAUCGAGACAUUGAAGAAACGUAUGGAGCAGAUUGCAGCAGCACAGGGCCUUGGAGGAGUUUCUGUCGAAUGUGCUAGUAUGCUGAAUAACAUGUUGGAUGUAUACUUAAAGAAACUCAUUAGAUCAUGUGUAGAUCUGGUGGGAUCAAAGUCUACAGAUGAAGUGAAGAAGCACUCUGCUCACAAGUCGCAGCCUCAAGGCAAGCUUAUGAAUGGUAUGUGGCCAAGUAAUCACUUGCAUAUGCAGAGUAGCUCUGGGCCUAUAGAAGUGUUGCAGGAACCCGGGCAGUGCUACUUGAUAUCUUUGCUUGAUUUUAAAGUGGCAAUGGAGCUAAAUCCGCGGCAGCUGGGUGAAGAUUGGCCAGUACUACUCGAGAAAAUUUGUAUGCAUUCUUUUGAAUAGUGAAUGCCCUGCAAAAUUUUGUUUAUCCUGAAGCUGUGAUUAGAUGUAUUCAUUCUGGUUCAAUGUUCUUGACAAAUAUUGAUCAGUGAAGGUCCCAGUUCUUUUCCAUCACUGACACUAACCAAAUGCUGCUCAGUAGCAUAAAGCUCUGGCCCUUGCAAGAUAAAGUUAUGUGUUAUAGUGUGUGGAGGUGUAUACCCCUGCCACAGAACCAGGAUGGAUCAGGAAAUUAUUUUUGAGCAACUGAGAUAAGGUGCUUGCAAAAGAAGUGCUGACAACCAGUUGCUCUGUUGUACAAUUAGCAUUAUUUUGGCUGUCUUCUGCCAUCUCAACAGAUCUCGGGCUUUUCUUGUAAAUUACAGACAACAAGGAGGAAAUCUAAGAAAAUUUUGCAGGAAAACUGUUUUGCAGCUUGUUGAAAGGUAUCUCUGUAAGUGAGGAUAAUUUGGUCUCUGCAAAACCAUCAUGCAAGGAAAACGGGCAUUUGUAGAUGAAAAGGAUUGCUUAUGAUUAAAGAGGUAAAAGUUUCUCGGUUUGGAUAAUAAAAAUUCUGUACCAACACUUGUUCAGUUGUAGUAGGCACGUUUACUACUUGGUGCUUUUUAGAGCAUUUCUUGGACUUGCACUCUGUUGUAGAUACGAGGACAUUAAUUUUGCGGUAGAACUACUCAAGUAAUUUAUAACAUACAGAUGCUAUAUUUUGUUGGCCUGAUUUUGGAGUUUUUAUGUUCUGAGCUAAUUAGAGUGGGAUAUUUCAUUAUUAUAUUUUUACCACUCACUACAAAUCUUAACCAAAAAACUGGAAACCUGUUGCUAAGUAUAUUUGCAUUAUCACACAAGUUGGUGAUGGUAAGUUCAUAGAUAGUUUUUUUUAUUAUGUUGUUCCUUUGUUUGACUUAUAACAUUAGUGUUCUCCACUAUUUCAUUCGUUUAUUAUUAUUAUUAUUGGAACUCAUUAAACAGAUGUCCAGUGUGCCUAAUUCAUAUGUACAUUUACCUCAACUUUGAAGAUGAGAAGAGAUGAGGCAUGAAGUGGAGAAGAAAAACAUUGGAUUGUUAAAUAUGUAGUUAGCCUGCCAUAUAAACAUUUGUAAUGAAGUUUGUGUUCAACCAUGCUCUUUUCAUUAAGAGAGAAUGUUGUGUGGUUCAUAGAUAA